AUGAAAUUUCCACUAGAGAACCAGAGGAAACAAGUUAACUGGGACCCAGAACAAGUGGCGGUCCAGACCAACCUGGCCCCUCCCAAAAAGGCCCAGUCUGGCCUGGCCAAGUCCAGCCUUGUCCAGGCCAGUGUGGCAACCAUGCAGAACCCCGUGGGUUGUGACCUUAAGGCUAAUGGUCACUGCCCACUGCCACGCCUCUCCAUCUCAUCUCGCUCUGCCAGCGUGGUGGCCAGCAUGGAUGCCAGCUGCGACGGCUCGGCUGCAGCGCUCCAUUCAGUGAUGAAGUGGAAAACGGUGCUGGCGGUGUUUGUGGUGGUGCUGCUGUACCUGGUUUGUGGAGGGCUGGCAUUCUGGGCGCUGGAGCAGCCGUUCGAGACCGACCAAAAGACCAGCAUCACCAUGGAGAAGGCCUCCUUCCUGGAGAGGCACCCCUGUGUCACCUCUGAGGAGCUGGAAGCACUCAUCAAGCAUACCAUAGACGCUGUGAGUGCAGGAGUGAGUCCUAUUGGAAACACGACCUUCAAUUCCAGUUACUGGGACCUGGGCAGUGCUUUCUUCUUUGCCGGGACUGUCAUCACAACUAUAGGGUAUGGAAACAUAGCUCCAAGCACAGAGGGCGGGAAGAUCUUUUGUAUCCUGUACGCCAUAUUUGGCAUCCCUCUAUUUGGUUUCUUGUUGGCGGGGAUUGGGGACCAGCUGGGGACCAUCUUUGUGAAAAGCAUUUUGAGAGUCGAGAAGAUAUUCAGGCAAAAACACAAACAGAUCAGUCAGACCAAGAUCAGAGUGACGUCCACCAUCCUGUUCAUCCUGGCUGGUUGCAUUGUCUUUGUCACGAUCCCUGCUGUCAUAUUCAAACGCAUCGAGGGCUGGACCACGCUGGAGGCCAUCUACUUUGUUGUAAUCACACUCACCACAGUGGGAAUAGGAGACUAUGUGGCAGGUGGAAACCGUACGAUCCUGUACAAGCAGUGGUACAAGCCGCUGGUGUGGUUCUGGAUCUUGGUGGGGUUGGCGUACUUUGCAGCAGUCCUGAGCAUGAUCGGAGACUGGCUUCGAGUGCUGUCCAAAAAGACCAAAGAGGAGGUUGGGGAGUUUAAAGCUCAUGCAGCCGAGUGGAAGGCAAACGUGCGUGCGGAGCUCCGUGAAACACGGCGCCGCCUGAGCGUUGAGAUCCAUGACAAGCUGCAGCGAGCCGCCACCAUCCGCAGCAUGGAGCGUCGUCAGCUGGGCCUGGAGCAGAGAGCCCACUCCCUGGACAUGCUCUCUCCAGAGAAGAGGGCCGUGUUCGCCAGCCUGGACGCUGGUCGCUUCAAGACCUCAUCCCAGGAGAGCAUUGACACCAAGCUGAACAACCUGAGGCUGAGAGGAGCCUGCGAGCCCUAUGACCAUCAGGGCGGUGAGCAAACGCGCCAGACGGCAUCUUCAUCUGAGGAGAACCUCUUCAGCUUGCGCUUUGGGUCACUCACCAAGCUGGCCAAGCGCAACAAGAACCGCGAGAUGAGGAGGAACAUUCCGGAUGAUGUUCGACGGGUGAGCGAAGACAUGAGCAGCGGCUGCAACAUGCUGGGGGAGGAGAGCAGAGAAGACGGAGAAGAAGAUGGGGAGCCAGAUGAGGAAAAUGGAGAGAGGAAGGAGGGAAACACCAGUCUGACGAAUCUGUCGCAGUACGCAGUAGAGCGCGCCAAGUUGAAUGGAUUCAUGCCAGCACAGGCCAAAGAAACAGAGAACGACCAAGAAUUGGAUGGAAGGGAGUUCCAGCUGCAUGUAAGCCCAGGAGUGUAG